AUGGAAGAUGAAAGACAGAUGGAGGCUUCAUCAGCUUCAAUAAGUUGUAUAACUUGUCUUCCGCGAGAGAUAGUUGUCAAAAUUCUGAGUGGUCUACCUGCAAAAUGUGCAGUACGAUUCAGGUGCAGUUGUAAAUUCUUUUAUUCUUACAUACCGGAGCCACGCUUCGCGUUCACAAUCCGCUUCGUAUUACAAAACAAUAAUGAAUAUCCCGCACCAUCAAGAUUAUACUCCGUGAGUUACAGUGAAGACGACGAGAGUGUCCAAAAAUUAGAUGCACGAGGUUUAGUAUGGUCGAGCGGUUCGAGUUGGAGUUGUGCCCCCGAUGGGAAGAUGUGUCUGCUCCGUAUGGGAUUAUUCGGCGGUCUCUUCGACAUUAGUACAGGACGACGUAUUUAUCUGCCGCCCAACUACCCUGCGAUGUAUUUCAGCAUCUCUAAUGGUAACAUUAUUGGUAAUGGCGAUUUUGUUUUAACACGACGUCCACAGAACAGCAGCAUCGGUAUGUGCCCUUUUGCCGUUUUGGGGUUUGACUCGAUUUCGAAAAGGUACAAGGUUUUCGCGUCAUUGGUGUUUUAUAAUGGCGAGGGGGUGUUUUUGAAUCGGCAGUGGGUUUUAACUCUGGAAGUGGAUGAGUCAUGGAGGGAGAUAAGAUCCACUAUUAUCACUCGGUGGAUCGAUGCUGCCCUCCACAUUUAUGGGAUUAUCUAUUUCAUACCUAACAUUACUGAACAAGAAUCAUCAUCAAAGAUAGUUGCUAUGGAUGUUGCGAGGGAGAAGGUUAUCAGGUUCAUACCGUUUCCAUCUGGAUAUGAUGAUCAGUCCCGGCAACGGGCCCAAGGGUGGGUGCCAUGGAUAAAAUUGAAUGGUCGCCUAGCCUUCAUUGACAUUAUUACUAAUAUUCUUACAAGAGAAAGAGAAGAUGAUGACCCUCACCCUGACCCUGCAAAGAGCAAGAUAGAGAUAUGGACGUUGGAGAUCAGAUCAAUGGAGGAGGAGGAUGGAGAUCAGAUCAAUAGAGGAGGAGGAGUGGGAGAAGCAGACGGUCCUUCUUCCAUUGAAGGAGAGUGA